AGUGGAGCUGAACUGCAGUCAGGACCAGAAGAUGUUUGUUACUAUCCUGUUUGGAGACGGCAAGAUGGAAAUGUUCAAUCUCAACUGCAAGCUAAUAAACUUCAUCCAUCAUUUAAAGGAGAGGUGCUGUCUGGACUUCAAAGAUUGUGUGGACCUGAUAGACAGCAGUGGUAAAGUGAUGAACCUGGAGGCGAGGCAGCACAGCGUGGCUCUUGCCAGCAGCGUCCUGGUACAGAGACAGUACUACGUCCUCCUGAGAGUCUGCCGAGAUGAUGCUGGAGGACGGAAAUAUGUCUCCCUCCUAAACAACUACAGUCAGAGUCACCCUGAGUUAACAGAGCUGCUGAGGAAACUGUCAAACCCCCUCAAGGAUUCAGACAGAAAGACUAGAAGAGGACAGAUGCAAAGGAGCAAAAACAUCUCUGCAAAGAGAUGAGAAACCAAAUCAAAUAGUUUCUACCUUAAGGUCUGAUUUCUUUACAUUUCCUCAUGAAGUUACAUAAAAGAGAUGAACUGUAUUCUGCAAUAACACUCACUCAGAUGUGAGGAAUUAGUAGUCAUAUGUUUCCUUUUAUUUAGCAAAUGUCAAAUAAAUAGUGUUUUUAGUAGAAGAUGGUUGAAACUUUCUUUAAUAGAAUCAUUGUAUGAAGGAUAAAAAGUGAGUGUCAUGUCUUAUCUUGUUUUUUCUGAUCAUGCCAUCACAGUUGCGAAAUAGACUGAUGGUAACUGCUCCAACCACAAAGUUUGGAAACACCCAAUUUAGACUUCUGCAGAAAUUGCAAGCAUGUUCCUGAGAUAACGUCUGUUAACGAUUGAGUGUUAUUGCAGGCAUGACAUUACAGAUUAAACACUGAUCAAACACAACUGUGGCAUGAAGACAUGUGGCUUUGCUUUAGACUUACUGAAAACUUUGGUUACCUAAUAGACAG